UAUCAGAAUCACAAACUUUAAUGAACUUCAAAAUGUAGUGACAGCUUUUUGCAAAAUCAUUCCUGACAAUUACGUGAAAAAAAGUUGAAAACGUGUUGACAACAAAAAGUUUAGAGAGUUCCAAAAUCUUGGGUGAAACAGGAUAUGCAGUACAUCAAUGGCCCUGGGUGUAGAACACUGGUGUACUAGCAGACUUGAAACUCGUGGAUUUGUCUGCACCUGUCCAACAAAACCGGUUUUCUACAACACAGCACGUUAAAAUCUGUUUGCUUGUGUACUAUGUGGAUACCGGCGGGGACAGGAAGAAGAGGGCAUCAUGCCGAGAUCCUUGAUGAAACGGUUGUCCAAGUCAGCGACAGAUCUUUCUUCUUGUAAGAAGAAAACAAGAACAAAUUCAGAUGAAGACUUCCAGGAAAACGCAGCGGAAAGUAAACCUGGCAAAACAAGUGAUGAUGAAUGUGAAAGGCCUGGGUCCUCACUCUCCAGCCGAUCUGUACCAGCAAUAUCUUUAAUAGGCAGAGGAUCACUUCAGAAUGUUUCUUCAAGAUUUGGACGACGUGGAAGAUCAAGGUCUCAGCAUAGAUCUGGGGAUAGCGGGAGCACUGAUCGCGGAAGCAGGGAUCGAGGAAGUAGGGAUCGGGGAAGUAGGGAUCGGGGGAGUAGGGAUCGGGGGAGUAGGGAUCGGGGGAGUAGGGAUCGAAGUAUUGCGGCAGAAAUCGAAGCCGUUCAGAAAUCCUCUAAUUUUGGAUUAUUCGGACUUCUUCGGCAAAAAUUCAGACUUUCACACAAAGAUCGUCUUCCGCAAGAGGAACACCGACAACAACUGCUGGAUAGAGAAACUCCCCCAGAGGGAAUACAGACUUUCUACAACGAAUUUUUUGACAACGUUUUUCAUGAAUAUAAGAAGAAAAGGGUCUACAAAAAGAGAUGUGAGUCUGACAGGAAUCCUAACUAUCAAGCAGACACGGAGUCUGCUGGAUCUACAGAAUCAAUCAAUCAAUCAAAUAAUCAAUCAAUCAACCAAUCUCCGAUAAAGCUCCUCAGAGAGCUGAAACAAAAAAAGCAUAACAAGCGGUUAAACAUCUAA